AUGGCACAACAAGUCGCUUCUGCGAAAAAGCAGCAAGACUUGCAGGUCCAGUACUCGAACUACAAGGAUACGCUCCAAGCCAUUGCCGGCAAAAUUGGCGAUGUUGAACAAGAAGCCGAAGAACACAAACUAGUGCUGGAGACUUUGACACCGCUUCCUGGAGAUCGGAAGUGCUUCCGGAUGAUCAAUGGGGUUCUGACUGAACGCACGGUGGGCGAGGUACUGCCGACGUUGCAGACGAAUGCGGAUGGUUUGAAGAAAGUGCUCGAGGAUCUGGUCAAGCAGUAUCGUGGCAAGCAGGACGAAAUGGAGAAGUGGAAGAAGAAGAACAAUGUUCAGGUUGUGCAGCAGUAG